CACCGGCAGCACUAUGGACAUCGGCUGGGCCAUUUUAAUAAUUGGCUUGGCCGCGCUGGUUACAGCUUUCCUCCUUUUGAUAAUUGGACUUGUGUAUUCUGAGCUGAUGAAUUCAGACAUUCCUCGUGGGGUUGCACAUGGCGGGAAGCUGCACGCGGUUCAUGGCUUGUUUGUCGGUGCAGCACUUGUGGGCCGGAUCCUGCACCGUCUGGGUGUUUGUCAUUCGGUCAGCUUCACCCGGUGGUUUGUGGGGUGUUUUAUCACUCGUUUAAAUCCAGUUCCCCCUGGCCUGAGAGUAAAGGACCUGAAGUUUUCAGAGGUUCCAGUCCGAGUCUAUGAACCCACCACGGUCAGCGAUGGCUUGCGAAGAGGUUUUCUGUAUUUCCAUGGAGGUGGUUGGAUGAUGGGUAGCUUAGAUACCGCCGAUGAAGUCUGCCGGCACGUUGCCAAGAAGGCUGACACCACUGUGGUUUCUGUUGGGUUCCGGUUAGCCCCCGAGCACAGGUACCCUGCCCAGCUGGACGACUGCGAGGUUGCCAUGCGUCACUUUCUCUCGGUGGCUGAGGCAGAGUUCAGCGUCGACUCCGGCAGAGUGUUGGUCGGAGGAGACGGCACGGGGGCCAACCUGGCAGCCGUGCUGUGCCAAAGGCUGGCAAGGAGAGACGAUGGACAUCUGCCAUCCCCCUGUGCUCAGAUUCUCAUCUACCCCGCUCUGCAGAUGGCAGAUUUUAACCUGCCUUCCUACCAGCAAAAUCACGCCGUGCCCAUAUUAUUCCGUGGCCGUAUGGCAUUCUACUUCCUUCAGUACAUCAACGGGGACGUAUCUGUCUGCCAAGAUGUGCUGGAAGGCAACCACGUGCCCGCUGAGCUCAGGACACUCUACAAGGACUGGCUCUGCCCCACCAACCUACCUCCACAGUGCCUCAGUCGUGGCUACAAUGAGGUUCCCACCCCAGAAUAUGACGGAGAGGUUUAUCACUCUGUCAAAACUGGUUUGGAAGCUGAAGUUUCCCCAUUACUGGCAGCAGAUGCAAUCAUUCAGAAAGCUCCACCCACCUUCAUCCUCACCUGUGAGUACGAUGUCCUGAGGGAUGAUGGGAUUCUGUUCAGGAAACGCCUGCUGGACCUGGGAAGGGAUGUGACCUGGCAACACGUGACGGAUGGUUUUCACGGCAUAGUUAACUUCUUGAACCGGGGUUGGCUCAGCUUCCCCUCUGCGGUGCAGGCUGCGGAUGGUGUUGUUAACUACAUGAAAACUCUAUAGAAACCAAUCACAACAAGUUAGUUGAUUUUAAUACUUAAAGUGUUAUUUU